CGGAUAUUACCGUGAGACCGGGGUUAGAAGUUCUCUCUCACAGCCAUCUUGGAUAUAGCAUCCCAAGUCGCAACCAUGCCUGGUGAAGCCACAGAAACGGUCCCAGUCACCGAGCAGGAGAUGCAGCAGCCUCAAGUGGAGACUGCUCUUCCUUCAUCAGCUACAGGAGUAAUGAAUUCUCCCCCUGAGAUGGCUGUUCCUACAGUGAACAAGGCAACCCCACUGGAGAAUCCUCCAGAAACCUCUGUUCCUGCUCAAGAGAUGAGCUCCCCAGAAGAAGCAAGCAUUCAGACUAGUGGCGAUCAACAAAAUGGUGUUGCUGCAGCUGGGUUAGAAGAAACAUCUGUUUCACAGCAAGGGGCACCUGCUGACCCACCAGGGGCUUCGUCUGGUUCGCCAGUUCCUGAAGAGUCCAUGCCUACUGCUGAGCCUCCAACUAAAGAGGUACAAAGUCAGGAGUCAGUCGUUUCUGCUGAAGAAGUGGCCAGCAAAGAGGUUAAGCAGACUUCUGUAGAAGAGAAGGCCUCUGGAGAAGAGCUGGGAACAGUGGCCGGGAAAAUUCCUGAUGAUCCAAAACCAUCUGCUCCUGAAGACGUCAGUGCAAAUAGUGACGAUAGGGAGAUGGCAGAAGAGGGUCCGAGGAACCUUUGCCUGGAUGCACCUCAAGACGUAUUGCCUGGUGAUGUGAACAUCGACAUGGCAACUCAAAACAAAAAUCUUGACAAGAAGGAACCUGUUAUACUUCUCUCCAAGGGCAUUCAAUCAAAGGGGACCUCCAAAUGUGAAGGCCCAUCCAUUUCCACUCGCCACCUGUCAGGCUCCGGCACUGAGUCGGACAGCGAUGACUCAGUUCCUGACCUGGAGGAACAGGACUCUGCACAGACACAGACACAGCAAGCUCAGCUUGCAGCAGCCGCUGAGAUAGAUGAGGAGCCUGUCAGCAAAGCCAAACAGAGCCGCAGUGAAAAGAAGGCGCGGAAGGCAAUGUCAAAGCUUGGUCUCAGGCAGGUAACAGGGGUCACCAGGGUCACGAUUCGCAAGUCAAAGAACAUCUUGUUUGUCAUCACCAAGCCAGAUGUCUACAAGAGCCCUGCAUCAGACACAUACAUCGUCUUCGGUGAAGCUAAGAUUGAAGAUCUUUCCCAGCAAGCCCAGCUGGCUGCUGCAGAAAAAUUCAAGGUACAGGGAGAAGCUGUAUCAAACAUCCAGGAAAACACACAGACGCCAACAGUACAGGAAGAGAGCGAAGAAGAGGAGGUUGAUGAGACCGGAGUUGAGGUCAAGGACAUUGAACUCGUCAUGUCACAAGCCAACGUGUCGCGGGCGAAGGCUGUACGCGCCCUGAAAAACAACAACAACGACAUUGUCAAUGCUAUUAUGGAGUUGACAAUGUAAUGGGACCCUGUCAACAAAGAGUUGAAGAAAGGUUGCUGAUUUAAUCUAAACUCGUUUAUACAAUUUAUACCCAAGAUGGAAAUAAAGUUGUGGCUUGAUGAAAUGAAA